AUGCCCACCAAUGCUUUCUUUGCGGAGGCGGGGCCAGGACCAACCGAGAAUCAACCUCCUGCCAAACGAGUUCGCAAGCAGGUUUCGCGCGCUUGUGAACGGUGUCGCAUCCGGAGAAUCAAAUGCGACAAUGAGCGACCGUGUAGACCAUGUCUCCAGAGAAACGAUUCAUGCGACCAAGGCGGACAAGAUGAACUGAAGACCUUUCCACAAGCACUGAGAGAGAUCGACCGUCUGAGGCAGCGAGUGAAGGAACUUGAAGCGGAAUUGUCGGUCUACAGACAUCGGCUGGCGCCAGAAACACCCAUUGUCUCCACAGCAAGCUCAUCACCUGGCCAUGCUCCCGUCACCGAUGGGAGCCCUGCCCCUUCUACCUACGCUACCACGGUUCAGGGUCGCGAAGGGGGCCAGGAAAACUCUCGGCAAUCUAUGCACCCAAAUACCCAGCCUCAUAAAUCGUGGGGUGGCAUUCAGGUCGUCGCCGCGAACCCUGCCAAUCAAGCAUGGUACGGACCAUCGUCACUAUUCUACUUCAUUGACCGUAUGGCGAAAUUCUUGAAUGUCAGCCUGGACCAGAAGCACUCCACAGAACAAAUCUCCCUUUACAGCUCCACAAGGGCCCUUCUCGGCGAGUUUCCCGGGACUGACUCACAACGGGAUGGUAUAGUCACUGAAGAAUCUCCAACUCCAGUAGCAUCACCGGUGUAUUUAAGUUUAACCCAGGAAGAGUAUUUCCUCGACUUGUACUGGAGUUCGUAUCACGCGGGUCUCGUCCCGAUCCUAAACGAAGCUGAAUUUAGGGAGCAUUAUCGAUCAUUGUGGAUCACAGCAGCUAACACGCGGAAGCCAUCAGCGCUUGCUGAUAUCGUGGUGGCAGUGAGCAUGCAGCUUGGCAUGUCAAUGCUACCGUCGACAAAACAAAAGGAAAUGGGCUCCGUCGACGCCACUUUGGCGGGACAAUGGUAUUUCCAACGCUGUCGGACUCUUGUGUCAUACGAGCUCGAGAGCCCGACCCUGGCCACGGUACAAGCCCUUCUCCUGUGUGCCGUCUAUGUUUGCUCCGGUGCCUUUCAUAAUAUGGCAGACAAUGUUGCUGCUCAGGCUGCUCGAGCCGCGUAUACCCUUGGUCUUCAUCAUGACCCGCCUGACACAUUGUCACGGUCGGAGCGUGAGCUUCGGCGGCGGUUGUGGUCGGCGCUCCUAGUUAUGGAUACUAAGAUUGGGUUAAAGCUCGGUCGUCCACUUCAGUUUUAUCAUUCCCAGAACAGCCCCAUGUUGCCAGACGACCAGUUCCAGAGUGCAGUGGAGGCUGGAUCAAAUUACUCCCCUUUGAGUGAUACUGUAACCUGGCUGAGCUUUAACUUGCAAAAUACUAAGCUUUUCCUGGUUGCGCGAGCAGCUCAGACGGCCUUUUACAGCAAAGAGUUGAACCUGCAUGACAACCAGUCCGUGUGGGACAACCCACCGGUCCUCGAAUCUCUUGCAGAAUCCCUACACCCUUUUGUUCAAGGCCUGGAACAAUGGGUCGCUGAUGUUCCGGGCGCUCUAAGAAUGAAUGGACAGAGUACCGGCACAUCCUUUUCCACAGAUCGAGCCAAGCUUGAGAUUGAGCAAUUCGCACCUGUAUGGGUGCAACGGCAACGCUUGCACCUGGAACUGACGUACCAUUACAUAUGCUGUGCCUUGUAUCGUCCAUUGAUCUCGUUCAGCUCUGCCUCUGCUCCGACUGCGGUCCAAUUUGCGGAGAAAAGCGCACUGCACGCAAUCGCCUUGACGGAUAUCACGCUUCAAGCCCUUAGCACCACAUCCGUACUGGCCGGCUGGCACGAAGCAUUCCAAUGGCAAUGGAGCGCAGCCAUAACCCUUGUGGGGUUCGUCCUUGCGUACCCAGAUGGUCCCUCUACUGCGGUGGCCAAGCGAGCGAUCGAUACCUCCAUAGCCGUGCUUGAGAUAUUUGGCGAGAGUUUCCUCAUUGGAUCCAAAGCCGCCGAUACCAUGCGAAGUCUUCUUGCUAAUAUUAACAUGCUACAGAACCGCCAAACAGCGGCUGGCGUUUACGUGCCUGACAUGACACCCGACGACCUGAGCUCUGGAGUUGACGGCUUCAUGGAUACUGGGACUUUCAACUUGGACGAAAUAACAUCGGGACCUGUGCAAGACAUAUUCCAGGUCGCCUUGUCUAUCGACCAGUGGAGUUAUUUUGAUACCCUAUGGGCUUCGGAAAAUGAAUUUAUUAGCGCACAUUGA